AUGAGCGCCAAGAAAAAGCAAGAGAAGAACCAGGAAACCAUUCGCAAGCUGUCUCUCCUCAACGAUAACAAGGAAUGUAUGGACUGCGUUGUAAAGGGAACUCCUUACGUCAUCAUGGACUUUGGAAUUUUCGUUUGUACCUUCUGCUCUGGAAUACACCGUAAUUUCAACUUCAAGGCUAAAGGUAUUUCCAUGACUAACUUUGAAGACAAGGAUGUAGAGUUUUUUGAAACACACGGAAACAAAGUUGCUCAAGCCACAUGGAGAGCAAAAUGGGAUCCAACCAAGUUCCCAAAACCAAAGAGUACUGAUGAGAAAGGAAUCAAGGACUUUAUUGAAAAAACUUAUGUAAAAAAGCAAUGGUAUGAUGCUAGCGGAAGUGUGUCAGCAAGCAAACCAUCAUCAUCUGUUGAAGAAGUGCCUGUCCAACCCAUUGAAAAUAUUAUUCCAAAUCCACAAAAAGUUGAAGUUACAAGAUCGAAUCCUGUGAAACCACAACCACAAUCCACGGAUCUAUUUUCGUUUGAUGAACCAAAACCAGUUCAAACUGCUACAAAACCAAGUACAAAUACCAAUGCAGGAGGAUUAGAUAAUUUCUUCUCAACUCCAUCAAAUACUACUCAAAAUAAUAGUUUUGGCAAUGAUGAUAACUGGGGCUUCCCUUCAAAUCAAUCUCAAACAACAACAAGUGCUCAACCAUCCAAACCAACUAUUAAUGUUGAUGAUUUAUUUGCUGGGUUUAGCAAUCCACAACCUCCACAACAACAACAACAAUGGGGAGGAAAUCAACAACAACAAUGGGGCAACCAACCACCUCAAAAUCAGCCAUGGGGUGGUGGGCAACAACAGUGGGGAGGUCAGUCUCAACAUCAACCUUGGGGAGGAAUGCCACAACAAAAUCAGUGGGGAAAUCAACCUCAAAACCAACCAUGGGGCGGUGGACAACAGCAAUGGGGUAACCAACCACCUCAAAAUCAGCAAUGGGGAGGUCAACAAUGGGUUGGAAAUCAACAACAAUGGGGAAAUCAGGCACCCUCAAUGAAUCAACCACCACAAUGGGGUAGUCAAUCUCCACCACAAUGGGGAGGAAAUCAACCACCCCAAAAGAGAAAUCUCCAAGACUCUCCACCACCAAAUAGAGAUCCAUUCAGCGGCUUGACAGGAUUUGGAAAUACUCAAAAUAAUAGACCAAGCAGCAAUCCACCUCCUUCCAACAACAACCCAUUCGAUUUUUAA